GAGUCAGGAGCCUGGAGUCGUGCGCCGAAGUCAGAACUGCGUCUCUCGACCCAGGCGCCGGUUGCUGAAGGAGAGUGAGCGAGCAAUGCUGCCGCCACCGCUUCCUGAUUGGCUGCGGGUGGCUCCCUCUUCGUUCUGAUUGGCAACUGGUGAGCUGGAUGAUGCUGAGCAAGGGCCUGAAGCGCAAGCGGGAGGAGGAGGAGGAGGAGAAGGAAGCCCUGGCAGUUGACGCCUGGUGGCUGGAACCUGGCCACCCAGCAGUGGCACAAGCACCCCCGGCUGUGGCCUCCAGUUCCCUCUUUGACCUUUCAGUGCUCAAGCUCCACCACAGCCUGCGGCAGAGUGAGCCAGACCUGCGGCACCUGGUGCUGGUAGUGAACACACUGCGGCGAAUCCAGGCAUCCAUGGCACCAGCAGCUACCCUGCCGCCUGUGCCCAGCCCACCUACAGCCCCUGGCAUAGCUGAUAACCUGCUGGCCAGCUCGGACGCCGCACUCUCAGCCUCCAUGGCCAGCCUCCUGGAGGACCUCAGCCAUAUUGAGGGCCUGAGCCAGGCCCCCCAACCCUUGGUAGACGAGGGGCCGCCAGGCCGCCCCAGUGGGGCAGCCCCACCCAGCCUGGGUGCCUUGGACCUGCUGGGCCCAGCCACUGGCUGUCUGCUGGACGAUGGGCUCGAGGGCCUAUUCGAGGACAUUGACACCUCCAUGUAUGACAGUGAAUUUUGGGCACCAGUCUCUGAGGGCCACAAACCCAGCCCUGAGGAUGGGCCAGGCAAGGAGGAAGCUCCAGAGCUGGAUGAGGCCGAGCUGGACUACCUCAUGGACGUGCUGGUGGGCACACAGGCACUGGAGCGGCCACCAGGGCCGGGGCGCUGACCCCCAGGGCUGGGAUGUUGAUCUUCUGUCCAAACUGAGCCUGAUGGCUGGAGCAACUCUCCUUGGAAAGACAUAGCUAGCUUCCCUAGAGAGGGGCUUUGGAGAGAAAGAAUCCAGUCCUGGGCAAUUUCACCUCCGUCCUCUUGUCUCUGGCUGAUGGGGGCAGUCUGGGAUUGGCCCUCAUGAUGAAAUGACAGGGCCUGGUGGCUGGAAUGGGAUUGGACCAGGCCCAGUGCUGAAUCCCUGGGGGUCAUAGCCUGGUAUACACUUUUCCUUAUGUAGGGAGAGACCCCAACCAGGUUUUUGAAAUUAAAGCCAGUCUUGGGACGUCUCAA